AUGGCUGAUUCCGGCCUGCGCUCCUCCAAACAUAAAAUUGAGAUGAUGCCUUCGCUUAUGCAGAAAAUCAGUAUGGCUGCAGGCUCAAGGCGAAAGCAAAAUAACAAGAACGAGGAAAUUCAUCCUCGCGACACACCACGUAAUGGUCAACAAUCAGGACUUGUGGUAUCAGCCAAACACCAACCUGAAGAAGAAACCCGAUCUGACGAUAAUGCAUCUCAAGCUUCCAGUAAUUCUGCGGUCAAAAGGCGAUACACUAUCACAUCCCGACACAAGGCCCCAGCUUCUGAGGAAAAUUCACGUAACGGGAAAUAUCCAGUAGCUACCGAGACAAGCUCCCGAGACAACAGAGCGCAGCAUGACCGAGAGUCGAACCAUGCCACACCAGUUGCAGAUUCUGUCGACCGUCGUAAUCAAUCUUCCGGAAUUAAUGUUCCCGUUGUGGGUGAUGACUUUCAGUCUCGCCUAGAAGAAUUGAAGCAAUUCAAAGCAUGGAGCGAACGCAUUCGCUUAGGAAAGGAACAGCAACCUGAGCCCAUUGGCAGACCCAACGCAGAGUCCUCUAGGUACCCUGUAGCGCCGGAGCACGUCGAUGUCUUCCAUGAUUUAGCUAUGCAUAACCAACCCAUGUCCUAUCAACGACCGAUUGGAGGGAACCAUGACCUGCCUCUACGCCACGAAGCUGACAUCGUGGAAACAAACAUCGAAGCGCCGACACCAUUCUCGACGCCGCAAGUUACGCCCAUACCAAUCAAAAAAUCAGAUCUCACUCAGGAUGGGACUAGCUCUGUUUGUGCAGCGGCAUCACCUCCUGGCUUCAACUUACACGAGCCGACAGCGGCUGAUGACGGCAGGUCCGGAAGACCUAGGACCAUGUCAAGAACUAUGGUUAUCGGCUCGACACCGCCCAAAGAACUGGAAAACAUGUCAAGCUCAAGGUCGCAAUCACGCUCUCAUGCUCCGGUUCAGGCACCCUCGCAUGCAAGUCAUAAGGACAAGAAGUACCCGCCUGUAUCAUUCCCACAGAACUUCAACGAGAUGUAUGCAGAACAAACUGCCACUGCUGCACGUAAUCAGCCCACGAUCGUCGUCAACGCAAGAAACAAAAUCCCCUCAGUAUCACCUCACACAAGACAGACGCCCCAAAAUGAGAAGAAGGAAACCACUCAACAGCUACCUCCGGCAACACCACACGACAAACGCGGCAGACCAACUUUCUACAGCACAAUCCACUAUUUCACCGAAUGCUCACAUGCUUCACCUCCAGCUCACCGACCUCUCGAUCCAGAUGCUCAACCACGAACAGAUCUAGACUUUCACCCAUCAAACCCAGCGAUCACCCGGAGUAUCAUUCCUGGAAUGUGCUUUAACUGCGACACCUCGUACAGACGUACACAGGAAAACGCAGUGAUCGAAGGCAGCACAAGGCGGAUCGUCAAAUUGAACGAGGAGCUAUCUGACCUGCUCGAUCAUCUUGAAAUGCUUGAUUAUGCCUCAUCAAGUGACGACGAGGAGCGAUUCUCGACGGACAGACACGGCGCUGGUUUGGUAACGAUGUGCAAGUUCCCGGAGGACGAACAUGAUCUACGUCACGAGAUUAGUACGUUGUCGCUGCCACCGAUUAGUGACGACGAUUUGUUGCCUAGGGCGUCCAGGAAGUCCAAGCGGACGGCGGAGCAGCUUUCGUAUCAGACUCGUACAAUGGCGCAAAUACGAGAGAUUGAGACAGCUAUUGAUAAUUUGAGGAGUGAGCAGGAUAGGAAGGUUACGAGCGUCUGGAGAGGCUUUACAAGUCGUUGGGGUCCUGCCACGCUGGGAGUGCAAAGAGCUGGACAAAUGAGUGAUGUGCAUAGUGAGCCAACUGCUGAGCAUGUUGCACAACGUGCUACGGCAGCGGAAGGGGUGGACAUUGGUAACUUGCGCAUCCGCGACGGAAGCCCAAAUGAUGUACAGGUUGUGCGAGUUACGAAUCAGAUUGGGGACGACGAAGAUGAUGGAGUCAGUACGGCCAGUCUCGCAGGAAGUACUUUGGUCGGUCGAGGCGGUGUCAUUGAUAAGACCAGUCCUCCUAGGACUCGUAGUGUGAGUCGCGGAAGGAGUAGCGGAACAAAUAAGAGUCGCACAUCGUCAGCGUCAAGGACCGCUUCAGUGCUAUCUCAUCGAGAUGUCCCGCGGUCAAGAACACCUGGUGAAGGGAGGAUGAAAGUGGGUUGGAUCCGAGAGGAUAAAUAG